CGCAUUUCACUCGUUCAGAAAACUUCAGCUUGUGAAUCACUUCAGUCGACGGUGAUAUUUUCGGUUCUUUCUUGUGGAUGUUGUACAGAAUCGGGAGAGAUGUAGUCAGUCAGUCCGAACAACUGACGUCAUGGGUACAGAGGCGGUAGAGGACUGCGUGCAGGGGGCGCUCUCCUCUCUCUACCCUCCGUUUGAAAGCACCGCUCCUCCUCUGCUAUCUCAGGUGUUCUCUGUACUCGAGUCAACAUAUCAACACGACAGCUUGAGGUAUCUGCUGGAUUUCUUCAUUCCUGCCAAACACCUUCUGCACAAGUUACAGCAGCACGCGUGUUCUCAGUAUCUGGGCUGUCUCUUUUUGCACUCUGGUUGGCCUCUGUGUUUGGGAGAGAAGGUAGUAGUACAACUCUCUACCUUGGAUUGGAGACUCCUGCGUAGUACCGAUUUCUACCUGCAGGUGGUGCCUUUCUCGACACGUUGCCCUCGCCUUGCUCUUAAGUGCCUCGCACCUGGUGGACGCAAUGUACAGGAGGUCUUAGUGCCGGAGUCACAGCACCCGCUAGUGUUCACCGCCGAGUGGCUGCAUUGCAUCAACAAGGAGCGUGGCUGCAAAAGAGAAGGAGGUGGAGGAUGUUUGGACACCUGUCUGGUGAGUACAUCUGAUGGAGUGGUCCGUAUUCCAUGGGAAGAGGUGGUCUAUCCUAAACUCCUGCACAAUCCCUCUGACCCACUCCAAGACAAUGCCGACCCAACUGGCCUGUCCAGCACUUCCGGAGGUCUGGGCCUUGGUUGGGUCUCCUCCUCAGGAGAGCACGAUUCCUGGUCCUGGGAUGAAGAAGAUGACUUGCCCCCAGAUGGGGACGAGGCAGAAACUGAGUCUGCGUUAGAACGGCUGCGAAGAAGCAGUGGCACACACCUUGGCGAUGGUGCUGGAGAUUACGUGGAACUGCUGGAGCCUCGGGGAGGCCCUGACGGCGGUGCCGAUCCUAAACAACGAUACCUGGAGAUGCAUGGGAUCUGUAAGACCAAAACGUUGCCUCUGUGCAGAAGAGGUAAAGCUUUCCGGCUGCGCAAAGGGAAGGUGAGAGCGUAUGGGAGGACCGAACCCGGUGGAAGGGCCGGCGGUCUGGUACGAAGGGACAGCAACAACAAUGGUAAGGAUGGUGUAGUGUCUUGCAGAGAUCAAGCCAGCUCACGGCCUUUGCCUCGCGUCAUUGAUUUGGGUCGUGAGAGGAGGUCAUAUCCUUUGUUCCAGGACUUUGAUGAAGGUGCUAGAGACACAUUAGGCCUGGAAAGUAGGACUAGAGACAGCACAGCCAAAGAGAGGAGGCCAGGGGUGGGAAAAGAGAGAGAUGGGAAUGGGUGUACGCUUUCCUGGGAGGAAAGCCAGAGAAGGCGUUGUUCUACAGAUGCUGAUGAUGUUGCAAACAACAAAGUGAAUAAUCUUGGAGCGGAGGACCACAGUCAAAGAUUACAAAGUGUUUGUGAUGAUACAACGUUGGCCGGCACUUUGGACUGCGGAAAUGAAAUUGCAUUAUUAGCAAAUCCCUCUAAAGGGGCAGGUAAUGAAUUUCCCCCAGAAAACAUAAACAAGCAACUGGAUGAUGGAACUGAGACAAGAAGCACAUCCCUCUCAGAUUCCCUCCUAUACAAUGAACCGGACUCCUUGAGCUGUGUUCAAAGUACCACUGAACACUCAGAUGACAUCAGAGAUCUGAAGACGGAUGCAAUUCUGUCACCAUCAGGAGAAAAGCAUGAUGGGAAGUCAGAGAUGUGCGUCGGUCCCAGGGGAAAAGAAGUCAAACCUGGAGGACUCAGAGCACCCAGGAGGAAAAGGAAGGGCAAAGGAGGCAAAGGGAAGGUCAAAUCAAAUGGCCGUGGGCAACAAAAAGCCAAAGUUGACCACACUGCCUCAAAGCACCAGACCAAAGCAACACACCCAACUGACUUAACUAAAUCACCAAAGAGCCUUUCUAGCCAAUCAGAGGACACUCCUCAGCCUUCAGAAGUUUGCAAUGGCUGCGCAACAGCCACAAACACAGAAACACAUGCAGAGACAGACGCCAAAGAUCGAGAUCCAUCAUGUAUUACAGAGGAACAGUCUCCCACAUCCUUUCCGGAACAACCUCAGAAGGAGAUGGGAUUGAACACCGAAUUUGCUGCAGAGUUGAAGCUCAAAUCACCCCAUCUGAGGGACCUCGAUUUCAAUCUCCUGCAGUCAGGAAAGCUAAUGUUAACAGGUACUAUGGACCGAUUGGGGCGAGCGUUGGUUGUCACAGAGAGUCACCUCCCGGAGGACGGCUGGAAUGAAGAUGAAAUGAUCAAAGUGUUGUCGUGUUAUUACACCAUCACCAGACCUAUGGCCAGAGAGAAAGGCCUUACUGUGAUCGUGGACAGCAGAAAGUCCUCUUCAUCUGAACUGUGUAUCUCUGCACUGAUGGCGUUCAAGGGACGAAUGGCAGCGGGGCUUGACUCGGUUCUUAUUCUUUCUGAAGAACAAGAUGAAACAAUCCAACCGUGUCUGGAUGGAAUAGAGGUGCACACAGUGCGAGGCACCGCAAUCCUUCAACAGUUUGUGGACAAGCAGCAGUUGCCCAGAGAAAUGGGUGGAGAUUUUAACCACUCCCACUCCGACUGGCUGGCGUUCAGAUUGAGUCUGGAGGAGUUGACUGAGCGCUGUGAGAGCGCCCUCACCCUGCUGGGAGAUGCACUGCAGUCUAUGGACGCAGAGCCUCUACCUGACUGCAUCAAGAAUGUUGCCCUCAGUGCUGACAAACACAGACAGUUAAUGACGAGCAUCCUCACCGACCAACGGCUGACACAGCUGCAGCAGAGGGGCGGGACUUGGCUGGCAGGUCUGGCCAACGGGAUGUCAGGGUUGGCACAGAAAUCUCCAGACUGCAAGGCUGCUUUGGCAGUGACCUCUGACCUGUAUGACGGCGUGGAUGAUGCGCUUCAUCGACUGGUACGCGUGUCCAAUCGGAGGGGCUGUGAUCUGGAGGCUCUGGGACGAUUGGCUGCGCUUGUGGAUAAACUGGAGAAGUGUGAGCGUGAGAUACAGCAGGUCCAGGAACAGUUAGAGGAUUAUAAACAUCCACCGCUGUCUCUCAGCAGACUGUCUCUCAAACAGCACAAGUUCAAGAGCUUCAGAGAAUCUGCUAUGGAGCUUCACAGCGAGACUCUGGUGUUGCUGGGAGAAGUGGAGAGCUGGUCUGAGCUGGACUGGGCCGGUUUCAAGACAGUGCUGGACAAACUGCCUCCGAUUAGAGAGAAAGUGCGAGACAUGUCGCACUGUCUGUCUGACUGCUGGACACAACUGGACAACACACAGAGACUGCUGUCCACACUUACUGAAGCGUCUCAGUGGUGUGAUGUGGUGUCAUCUUCAUCACCCUCCUCGUCCUCGUCUCCUCUCUCCUCCCUCCCUCCCAUCCCUCCGUCACGUUUCCAGGACGCUCGUGCUCUGGCUCUGGAUCUGGGCGGCGGGCCUUUACUGGACCUCUGGUCUCAGACUCUGGAGCGCUAUCAGAAAACUCUGGCUCAGUUUAAGAGCCGGAUCCUGCAGGCGGAGCCCAGAACUCCCGCGCUCAGCACGUCCAGCCUCGGGGAGCUAGAGGGCGAGAUCGAGCCGGACUGGUGUCCCGGCGCGGGGGGAGAGGGGGGUGUGCAGUCCUGGGGUUCGCUGGCGUCUCUCUUUCGGCCGCAGAACUGCUCCACGCUGAAGAUCGGAGAGGAGAAGAAGAAAGAGGGAGUGAAUGCAGGAGGAGGAAAGUUCCUUCAGAACCUGCUGCACACCGCCAAGAAGAACCCCGCAGAUGCCCCCCUCCCUCCCAAACCCCCCCGCAAGCGUCACCCCAGUUUUGACCUCCAGGCUCUGCUGGCCCCGCGUCGUUCGGCCGCCGUGUCUAAACCAGCCGAGCCGGCGGCGUCUCAGUCCUCCCCGCUGUCCUGGCUGGGCCGGCGGGCGCUGACGGACCCCAUCCUCGUGGCGGGCGUGGCUACGGCUGUCCCGGGAUGGAAGGAUUCGGCUGGAGGGGGCGGAGUCCUCAUCAGAGGAGUGGAGGUCAGCAGUAAGGAGGUGGCCGAUCACACCGGCCUCACGCGACAACAUGUGCUGCUCCACCGAACCGAGAGAGAGACGGGACUGGAGAGAGCAGGAGCCACCGCACAGAGUAAACUGUAUUUGCAGUGGUGUCGUCUGGUCAGCACAGAGCGUCAGUACGUGGCCGUUCUUAAAGGCGUAGAGGAGAAUUAUCUGCCCCUGCUGGAAUCGUCGGACGCCCCGUCUGCACUGCGGGGUAAAACAGAGACGCUCUUCUGUAACUGGAAAAGUCUCUGUGCCUUCCACACGCAGUUACUCCUCCCCGCCAUGGAGGGCGCUCUCUCACAGACGCUACAGCAGGCCGACUGUUUCAGUAAACAUAAGGAUCAGUUCCUGCUGUAUUCCCAUUACAUCCGCAUGAGACUCGAGCCGGACGCUCCGCUCAUCGGUCAGGCUGCCGACUUCUUCAGGGUCAAGCUGUCGUCCUCUCUCGUUCCCGCUCCUCCGUUCCCUCAGUGUCUCACCGCUCCCAUUCAGAGACUGGAUCAGUACUGUCAGACGCUAGAGGAGCUGGGCGGUCUUAACCCCACCUCUGACUCCGCCCUCUCCAUUCUCAGACACGCCCAGCGGCACGGAGAGGAUCUGCGAGCCAGUGACCUCAUCACAGGGUGUCCGAUGGCAGUGUGGGAUCGCGGGGAUCUGCUGCGUCAGGGUGAGUUGUGUGUGUGCAGCGGAGGCAGACGCAAGAAGACGGGCGUGAGACAUGUCUUCCUCUAUCAAAACUACAUCAUCUUCACCAAACACAAAACGCCCAACCCAGGGUGCAGUGUGUUCAGCUUCAAACACAGCAUAAAGACGGGUGAAAUGGGUCUCACUCAGAGCGUCGGCGAGGAUGGACUGAGGUUCGAGGUGUGGGUGAGACAGGCGUCUCGCACCAGAGACUGUCUCACUCUCCAGACGUCCAGUGUGCAGGAGAGAGAGACUUGGACCCAUGACAUCGCUCAGCUCCUCUGGACUCACGCCAUGCACAACACCGAGUUGUGUCUGAAGGAGUCUCUGUGUAUGGGAGUGUCCAGUAAACUGUUACUGGAUGUGACAGGUGCUCAAACCUCAGAACUGGACUCCAGCUUCAGCCUGAACGACAGAGUUCAAAGCAGUUGUUCAGACUCAUCGUCUGUUGGCAGUCUGAAAGAGGGCGACUCGCCCGCAUCCGCACGAGACUCGAAGAGAAACACUGAGCAGGCGACACACGCUCAGAGCUCUUCACCCUCCACCUCUGUCUGAAUCAUCUCAACUUUAAACACACGCUUUCAGUGAUGGUAUGAAUGAAUCAGCGGAGGGAACACGUUCAUGCGUUCACUUCUGGAUCAGUCAGCGAAACAAGAGAAACACUCGCAGGAACAUGGACCGCACUUCAUCUGAAUCUGUGAUUGUGAGGUUUUUCAUCGGAGAGACGAGGGCUUAUGCAGACAUGCUGAAGAACAGCAGCAGCCAUUUGAUUAUUGCAAAUUUCACCACUAGUUUUGAUGCGACCGUUCCUUAAACAUCACCGUCCACGGACUCUUCAUUCAAAGUUUUGAGCUCAAUAAUGCUAAUAGCUUCAUUUGCUAGAUUUCUGAACACAAAUGUCCGUGUGCUCUUUCUUUUCUCAGAUAAAACGCGCGCUGCUUCAAACAUCAACACAAAACCCGGAGACGUUUAUGACCGGAGGAUCUUCACGUGUCAAAGCUCGUGUGUUGCAGUCACGUGCUCUUGUUUAGUGAUGUUCAGGUACUGAAUUAAAGUGGAUUUCGUGUCUCGGACACAUCAGCACCUCAAACUACAGCCGGAGAUUAUAAAGACGUCAACUCCGUGAUCUUAAUGCCACUGCUGGGGUUUCCUCCACCUCUGAAAGAACUUUUGGUCUCGUCUUGUCCCAAAUAAAAGCACAUCACGGACGGAAAAAUUCAGUUUCAAAUGACAUGUUUGACACAAAGACAAAAGGUGCAGAUUGUGAGUCAACAUGUGUUUUUACGGUACAUGGAUGUUCAUACAGUUCUUGCUUUUAUUUGUGCUGUCAACGCGAACUAUCAAACUCUUUAAAGCAGCAUAUUCUGUGUCGCACUUCGUGAUAUGGUUUCGUACGAAGAGAUUCAUAUAUCAGACUUGGGCUCUUGUGCGUUUUGUGGAAUUUGGGCCGAGCUCCAUCUCAGAGUUUCUGAGCUGUGUUUUAUGGCCGUGGUCAAACCCAGAGACGCUGCGUGGAUGUGUUUUAUACGUUAUGUGUUAUGUAAUGAGUUGACUCCACCCUCGGCUUUUUCAUUAGCGAGACUCUGUCGGGUCUUAAACGGCAUUAGAUGCUGGAGCGCUAAUCUGCUCCAACGGAGUUGAAAACUGACCCAGCAACUGUAAUCCACUUCUGAAUUUAUGAGCUCCGACUCGGGAAAAUCAUCCGUUGGAAGCUUUACUUUCGCUCCAGGAAAGCCGAGAACACACGUACGGGCUGCUCGUGUUGGCUGACUAGCUUUCACGUCUUUAAGUCACAAAAGUUUGCUCGAGAGUUUCAGACGGGAUGUCAAUUUGAGUUCUUACGUCCACGUGAACUAAACUCUCACUGUGUUAAAGUGACAGUUCACCCAAAAAUGAAAAUCCUCUCGUCAUUUCCAACCUGUGUGACUUUCUUUCUUCCGCAGAACACAAAAUAAGAUAUUUCGAAGAAGGUUGGUAACCCAACGGCACUGGAGAACCAUUCACUUUGGGUCCAGAUAACGACAUUCUUCAAAAUAUCUUCUUUUGUGUCCUGCAGAAGAAAGUCAUACAAAUUCUGUCGUCAUUUAGUCAUUUCAAACCUGGAUGUUUUUGUCACUUUAACUUUGACUGGAGAAGCAUCUGAUAACACCCAGGCUAUAAAAGAGCAACACAAAUGUGCCACGUUGCUUAAAGCAGUGUAAUAAGCUUCGUGUCUGUGAUUUGUUGAGGAUCUCAAACCUGUGGGAGGAAUGUACCGUAUCUCCAUCGCAAACCCACAUUCCGGCCAAAAAUACUCUCCGCAGCGGCCGCGCGUACCGUCCAAACCAGAAAUACCUUGGCGUGAUUCACAGUUUUGAUUGUAAACAGGAUUGCGUGCCAAAGAAACAAGCUGUCGUUAUAAAGCCUCUGUUAUAACACAUCAGAGGGAUUCUUCAAUCAGGGAAUUCUUCCAGGAUGUCAAAAAGAAAGUUUUACACUUUCUCAUUUCGUCUCUGUAUUCACCAGUUUCAGGGACACUUCACCCGAGAAGGAAUGUCUUUGUUC